UGCAGCAGACGGUGCGGCCGUGGCACGGGGACGGGGGACGGGCAGUGGCGUGCCCCCCGGCCCCCGCCAUCGGCACAGUGCGGCCCCAGCUCUGCCGGGGACCCCCGCCGCUGCCUGCAGGAUCCGGCCCCAUGGGCCCCCCUGGGCUCCUCCUGGGCGCCCUGGGGCUGCUGGCUCUGGGGGCCGGGGGGGGGGCCGGGGCAGGACGCGGCGCAGGAGCACGGCUACUACCUGCAGCAGCUCUUCGGGCAGUACGGGGCCAACGGGACGCUGCCCUUCGAGGGGCUGGCGCGGCUGCUGGGCAGCCUGGGGCUGGGCCGCGUGCAGGUGGUGCAGAUCCAGCACGAGGAGCUCGGCCAUGGCCACGUCAGCCACCUCGACCUGCUGGAGGUGCAGGAGGAGAAGCACCGGCACCGGCACCCCCCUCUGGGAGCAUGGCGGGGACCCGGCACCCAGCACCCCAGCACCCAACCGCCCCUCCAGCCCGCGGCCAUCCCAGACAAAAAGCUGGAUGAAGCCGGUGCCCGUUGAGCCCCCCAGUGCUGGGGUCACCCCUGGGAGCCACGGGGCCCCCCAACCACCACCCCGGCGGGACCAGCCUGGCCUGAGCCUGCUGGGGAGGGUGCUGGGCUUGGAGCACUCCAGCGUGGACCACCCGCACGACGACUGCCUCAAUGUCACCCAGCUGCUGGUGAAUUUUGGGCUGGACGCGGUGCCGCAGCUGACGCCGGAGCAGUUCACCCUCCUCUGCCCGGCCCUGCUCUACCAGAUCGACAGCCGCGUCUGCAUCCAGCACAGCGAUGAGGUGACACUGCCUCCCCCGGGGGGGGCCCUGUGGCCAGCACUGGGCUGGGGGCUCCUGGCCGUCACCUUUGUCAGCGUGCCCUCCGCCCUGGCCGUCGUCCUCGUCCCACUGCUGAGCCGCAGCUUCUUCCGCUCGCUGCUGGCCUUCCUGGUGGCGCUGGCCGUGGGGACACUCUGCGGGGAUGCCCUGCUCCACCUCUGGCCCCACGCCCAGGGGGGGCACCAGGAGACACCGGCGGAGCCAGGGGCUGCGGUGCUGCAGGGGCUGGCGGUGCUGGGGGGCAUCUACCUGCUCUUCCUGGUGGAGCUGCUCCUGGGGAUGCUGCGGCGGAGCCGGGGGGCCACGGGACGCUCCCCUGGAGAGACCCCCAGUGUGGUCGUGGGGGCCCCGGCACCAUCCCGAGGAGGGGCCGAGCUGCGACACCUGACGGCACCGGAGCCAGAACUGGAGCUCAGCCCCCACGGGCACCCCCACGGGCACCCCCACGGACACUCCCACGGACACUCCCAUGGCCCCACGCUGCCCCUCAGCCCCGGGGCCGCUGACAUUGUCUGGAUGGUGGUGCUGGGCGACGGGGUCCACAACCUGACGGACGGGCUGGCCAUCGGUGCCGCCUUCUCCCACAGCCUCUCCAGCGGCCUCAGCACCGCGCUGGCCGUGCUCUGCCACGAGCUGCCUCACGAGCUGGGUGACCUGGCAGUGCUGCUCCAGGCGGGCACGGCUCCCCGCACCAUCCUGCUCCUCAACCUGCUCUCGGCCCUGCUCUCCUGCCUGGGGGCAGCGGUGGGGGUGGCCGUGGGGCAGAGCGCAUCCCACCUCACCCCCUGGAUCCUCACCACCACCGCCGGCAUCUUCCUCUACGUUGCCUUGGCUGACAUGCUCCCCGAGACGCUGCGGCGUGCCGAGACCCCUGGCGAGGGCACCUGGGGCUGCUUCCUCCUGCAGAACACGGGGUUCCUGCUGGGCAGCGGCAUCAUGCUGGGCAUCGCCCUCGCUGAGGGACACAUCCAUGCCUGGCUGCAGCCCUGAGCAUCCCCGGGGCUUGGCCCCACGCGCCCCCACGGCCACCCGGGAGCAGGGAAGCACGGCGGCUCAGCUGGAAGGACGGCAGGACCCUCAGCACGCCCCCAGGACUGGACUGUCUCCCCUCCUCCCGAGACCCUCAGCAGCAGCCGCCAUCCCUGGAAGGCUCCGUGGGGGGAGAGGAUGUGGGGUCCCCUUUUUGCGCCCCGUGUCCCCUCCCAGGGCGCCCAGUGCCCCCCAGGGUGGGAUGGCAGUGGGGCACUCGCAUGUCCUGCUCCGGGGUGACACCGAGUGCGUGUCCCCUUCCCGCUCGCCCCGGACCAGCCUUUAGCGGAGAAAGGACGACAGGACAUAGAAGCAAUAGCAUUUUAAUAAACAUAAUUGAUUCAAAGCCACAA